GUUAACGAACACCUGUGUGAUAAUUUGUAAUAUUAUAAAUUACUGUACAGCGAAUACAAGUAGUGGGCAGAUAAUGCUAUUUAUUAGAAACCAACUAGCAAUGAGAGCAAAAGCUUCUUUUGCUGUAUGUACUGGAACGGACAGAUCUGAAGUUGUUUUUAAUCACUGUCACAAACGUUUAUCAAGUAGUAGUGUUCACAGGGCAGCAGGUAAAAAUAUGAAACGAUUGGAAGGUAAAGUUGCGGUUGUAACUGCUUCCACAGAGGGCAUUGGAUUCUCGAUUGCCAAACGUCUUGCAGAAGAAGGUGCGUCUGUGGUUAUCAGCAGUCGUAAAGAGCGAAAUGUUGAUAGUGCCGUUGAGCGUUUACGUAAGUUAAAUCUGAAUGUUAUUGGCCUAAAAUGCCAUGUCGGAGAAUCACAAGAUCGCAAACGGCUCUUCGAGGAAACAAUUCGCAAUUAUGGGAAGCUAAAUAUUUUAGUUUCCAAUGCUGCCACAAAUCCAUCAGUGGGUGGGGUAUUGGAGUGUGAUGAAGGUGUUUGGGAUAAAAUAUUUGAUGUAAAUGUUAAGUCGUCUUAUUUACUUGCGAAAGAGGCUUUACCGUACUUGCGAGAAGAGAAAGGUUCAAGUAUAGUAUUCGUGUCUUCCAUCGCUGGCUAUGAUGCAUUUGAGUUACUAGGUGCAUAUUCUGUUAGUAAGACGGCUUUGAUUGGAUUAACUAAAGCCGCGGCCAAAGAUUUGGCACCUGUUGGUAUACGAGUAAACUGUUUAGCACCUGGGAUUAUCAAAACUAAAUUUUCGAAAGCGCUUUAUGAAAGCGAGGCGGCAAACGAAGCUGCACUUUCAAAAAUACCUAUGGGACGCCUAGGUUCACCAGAGGAAAUGGCUGGUAUUGUAACAUUUCUAGUCUCUGAUGAUGCAUCUUAUAUAACUGGCGAAACCAUUGUCGCAUCUGGAGGUAUGUCAGGUCGACUGUAAUUUAAAUACGGAACUAUGAACAGCGAGUCCUAUUAUAAUUGGUAUCUAAUUUGAAAGUAAAAAUAUUACAAUUCCUAAUUGCUUAAUAUGUAUGUAA